UGACGAGAAGUUAAAUUUCUGUAGUUGGCAAGUGUUUACAUUUUACAAAUAACAUCAGACUUGAAAAGUAUAAGUAUCUAAAAAGGAGCGUUUAACCUCACAUAUUUUCUCAGUGUAAAUCGUAAAAGUUUAUGUACUAUACACUCUUAUCAAGCCUACGAUGGAAAGCAACGGGAUUAUAAUUAGAGUAAAGGAAGAAGCGAACGAUACCUUCCCAGAUGCAGGUGACGAUUAUGUAUUCGAUUCUGUGAAUUCUUACAAGGCCGAGAAAUUAGAAACAUCAACGUUAAAUAAAUCAUCGGCAAAUCGGAUAAAUGCGGCAAUACCGUUACAAGAAAAAUUAGACAAAAAAGUAUUCAUAGACUUUGAGUGCAAAUAUUUUAAAGAAGAACCGAAUUUUUCUUCGAAAACCGUUUGCAAAACUGAGUAUCAAAGUUACCUACCCAUUGCGAAAAUAGAAAAUGAAAAACAGAUGGAUGACAUUAUUGAAAAUAUAAUCGUAGAUUUUGAGUGCAAAAAUGUUAAACUUGAAGGUAAGACUCCAUCGACAACUAUCUGCAAAACCGAGGAUCAAAGUUACCUACCUGUUGUGAAAAUAGAAAAGGAAAAUGAAACCAAUGGCAGAGAUGAAAAUAUAUCAAUUGAUUUUACAGUACACAAGCACAGCAAAUCUUUCGAAUGUGAGAUUUGCCGCAAGUCAUUUUCAUCCAAAAGUAAGCGUAAUACUCACAUAAAAACAGUACAUGAUCGUAUCAAACCCUUUGAAUGUGAGAUUUGUCACAAAUCAUUUGGACAAAAAGUCACCCUCAAACGUCACUUAAAUGUAGUACAUAAUCGGAAUACAGUACAUUACCGUCUCAAAUCCUUUGAAUGUGAUAUUUGUCAUAAAUUAUAUGGCCGCAAGGACUACCUCAGAUUGCACAAAAAUGCAUUACAUGAUCGUAGCAAACUCUUCAAAUGUGAGAUAUGUCAGAAAUCAUUUGGAUACCAGAGUAUACUGAAAAGGCACAAUGUUAGAUUUGUCAUAAAUCAUUUGGAGAAAAGGGUACCAUCCUCAAUAGACAUAUAA